AAAUCCUUUUGUUUAUUAAACUUCCUCUUAAAGCUUAAUUCUAGUGCUCUUUCUUAAUUUCGUGUUAGAAUCAUCAUCAUUUCAUCCAGCUCCUUCAACUUUAUUCAGCCCUACUUAAGUGGCCAAAAAUUUUCUCUGUUUUCACUCCUCUUGUCUUCCCCAAAUCCGAUAGGCUUUGUCUGUCCCUAUUAAUACACCUGCAACAACAGCUCCAGAGAUCUUCUCCUAACAAAUUACACUGAUACCUCAUUUCUUUAUCCAGAGAUACCUUCUUUUAUCCCAGUUACUUGGAAGAUUAAAUGGCUUCCUUGGUGCCGAAACCGGCUUCAGCCAGGCAGCUUGGGGAUCUUCUCAAAGAGCAGCAAGAGCCUUUCGUCCUAGAAGUCUACCUCCUUGAGAGAGGGUAUCUGAGAAAUAAGUUGAAUGUGGGGAGGAGUUUCAGCUGUUCCAUUGGCAAUUCAAGCAGCUGCUUGAAGAAGUCAGUUAACUGGGGGUUAAAUGACAGAAGGAAAGUCAUUCCCAGGUGUUCAGAGAUUGUAAGAGCUGUGUUUAAAAAGGUUGUAGCCAUUAGUACCAGCCAGAGAAUGAAGAAUUCAGGGAACAAUGUCGAUUAUACUGUCAGGGAGAUUGCCGGGAUCAAGCAAGAAAAAGCAGAAUCCGAUGGUAAUAGAUUAGCGAUUACAGACACUUGCCCGGCCUUCAAGCUUGCCAAUCUUUUACAAGAAAAAGAGGUUCUUACAAAUACAAAUCUUCAAUGGAGUUUUGGAGAAGACACCAAGCAGCACAGCCCUAUGUUAGUACUAGAAGGAGUACAUCUCUCCCAAGAUUCAUCAAUUCAUGCCAUAAGGCAGGAGAACAUCAUUAAAAAGGACUCAUUAGUAGCAGUUUCCUUAUGCAAGUUCACUGUUAAGUCAUCGACGAAAAGGGCAAGUUGUAUUCCCAGGUUUGAUCCUUGCUCUCAGCAGCUAAUAGCCGAAAAGACUAUGAAGCAAUCAAAACAGCUCUUGUUUGAUUGCGUGAAGGAGCUAGUAGGGUCGCGAGUAUUGGACAGAGGGAAUCGACACACGGUAAAAUUCCCAGGGCCAGAGGAGCUUGGCCAUCUCCUCUCUGGGGAUAUGAGGAGAUGGUGUGAGCUAUCAGCAAAUGAAAGCAACACAGCCCAACUGCUAAAUUUGGACUCCAUGGCUUCAGAAGCACAGUUUCACGAGUUUAAAACAUCGAUGAAGGAAACUGUUGCAGAGAUUGGAGAUGCCAUACUGGAAGAUAUCAUCAGCAAGGAGAUUGCUGCAGACAUGAUUGAAAUUGUGGUGCCAGAAUUUUCCCAAACUAUUUGAAAGACUUGCAGCCUUACCGGCAGGACGGGGGUGAUCAAUCUUCGACGGACUUCUCCAAAACCGUUGCUGCUCUUGGUGCACUCCCUGUAAGCUGUGAGAAAAGGGUCAUCCUGCUGCUUCCUCAGGCCUUUCCUUGACGAGCUUCUCGACGGUGGCUGAAACCCACAUGGAGGGAGAGGAACUUGAAGAUCAUGAAAGCA